AUGACUACAUGGCUUAUCUACGCUAUGGUAAAAAAAAAGUCAUUUUGUCCAAAAGGAAUCUUUCAUUUUAAAGCAUCCUACUUUUAUCCCACUGAAAUUAUGGGGUGUCUCAGUUGGUAUUUGAGUUUGGCGAUAUGGAUGAGGGUUUCCGAUUUACGUGAAGGUUGGAAGGAAUGGUUAGAAGCACUAAUGACAGUGUUUACAAGUAACCUCCUAAUAUCUACAUCUUUCUUUGGUUCAUGGUAUCUAUUGGGGGUACUCAGCCAGAUUGAUCGAUCAAAUUCUUGUGUGAAUCUUGGCCAAUCGUAUCAAUUUGUAGUUGAGGACACCAAAAGACAAAAGUACAAAAUUCGUACAAAAUUCAUAGAUUUUUAUAGCAUUUAUAGAAUAAUCUUUGCACAUUCUGAUUUCUUCUUUGAACCUGUAGGCAUCUAG